AUGCAAAGGUGUAUCAGGGUAUGAAUCCCUUUCUAUUGGGAAAAGCUUUCAUAGUUCCAGCCAUAUGGCAAGUAUUUUAUUGUCAUAUAUGUAUGUUUGACUUCGUAUUUGGUUGAAAAAUACAUACUGACUGUGAAUUAGACUUUUUAAUCAAUUGAUCAAUUAAGUGAUUGUCUAACAGAGUUCUCCUCUGCUGUCUUCCCCAGGCCAUGGCUGUGCCUUCCCUCUCAGCCCCUCUCCCUCUCCUUGUGGCUUUGCUUCAGCUUGCAAUACUACCUCUCGUCCACGCGGGGGCAUACUACGGACACAAGCAGCACCAGCAGCACCCCCAGCAGCACCAGCCUAUGCCACACUUGUCCCACAUUGGCAUGGGCGGCAAAGAGCAGCACCCACAGCAGCAGUGGCCAGGCAAGGAGAUGCCCCACAUGCAGUACCCCCAGUACAGAAAAGAGAUCCCCCAGAUGCCCAUGCACAUGGGCAAGGAGUACCCCCGUAAAGGUGGGGUAGUCAACGGUGGACAGGACAAAGGUGAGACCGAAUGGCAAUCUCUAGUAUGGAGUAGGCCAAUAGUAUGUUGUUUAUGUUGAGAUUAUGUAAAUCUUCAAUGUUCAUUACCUAACCUAACUCUAGUUAGGACACACACACAAACACACACACACGCAGAUUGUACCUCAUUUUGCUCUUGUACUGAAUUUUGUAUUAUGACUGCCAUCUUGCAAUGUUUAGACUGAAUGGACAUCUUAUCCCCUACAGGUCAGACCAUCCCCAGUGGGGCAGCAGGAGGUCUCCCUGGAGGCCUGCCAGGAGAGCAGGGCCCAGCUGGGCCUCCGGGACCUGAGGGACCCGCUGGGCCACCAGGACCUCCUGGGGAAGGACAGCCAGGAGUUGAAGGAAAACCAGGCCCCGCUGGUCCCCCAGGAUUCCCUGGUGUAGGCAAACCAGGACUCCCGGGAAUUCCAGGCAAGCCAGGUGGCAUGGGAGAGCCAGGAGUACCUGGAGAGCUGGGCCCCAGUGGUGGAGAGGGUCAAAUGGGGCAGCCAGGGACUCAGGGCCCCCCUGGUCCUCCAGGUUUGCCGGGGAUAGGAAAACCAGGGGUUGGGGGGUUGCCAGGACAACCAGGACCCAAAGGAGAGCCAGGACAUAAGGGCCUGCCGGGACUACCAGGAUUACCAGGACCCAAGGGUGACAAGGGAAUUGGACAGCCAGGACAGCCAGGCCACAAAGGGCCAGUAGGACCCCCUGGACCUCCAGGCCAGGGAGGGAUGCCCGGCGUGGGCAAGCCUGGAAUGAAUGGCUUACCGGGGCCACCAGGAGGACCAGGGAAACCAGGCCCGCCUGGAGAGGAGGGGCUGGCUGGACCAACAGGAGAGGGCGGAGAGACCGGUCCACCAGGGCUGCCAGGCCAGGGAAAACCAGGCCAGAAUGGUCUACCGGGACAACCAGGCAUGCCCGGUGGGAAAGGGCACCCAGGCCCUCCAGGUUUGCCGGGGAAGCCUGGAUUGCCCGGAUUCGGAAAACCCGGAUUCCCAGGACCCAAGGGAGAUAAAGGGAUGGGUGGGAUGCCCGGAGGCCCAGGACCAAAGGGAGACAAAGGCCAUGGAGGACUUCCCGGUGUGCUUGGACCGCCUGGAACAAUCGGACCAGCUGGUCCCCCUGGCCCUAUGGGACCCCCUGGAGGUCUGGGUCAACCAGGGCCAAAAGGAGAGGCUGGAGAGGGAGGUAAUAAGGGGCUGCCAGGUGGCCAGGGUGAGCCUGGUCCUCCUGGACUGCCUGGUCAGAACGGCUUCCCUGGAGAUGGAGGAGAGCCAGGGCCAAGGGGUCCCGCUGGGCCUGUAGGACCCCAGGGGGAAGGCGGACACAAAGGGUUACCAGGUGCCCCUGGCAUUCCAGGCCUAUCCGGGCCAAAGGGAGAGGGAGGACUUCCAGGCGACAAGGGUCCCCAAGGCCCUAAGGGCAUUCCAGGUCUGGGAGGUGCAGGUGGGCCGAUCGGACCUCCUGGUGCCCCUGGGUCUAAAGGUGACAGCGGAUUACCUGGUCUUCCCGGCGUUGAGGGUAAGGGAAACCCCGGUGUCCCUGGUCCUCUUGGACCUCCAGGUAAAGAAGGUCCUGGAGGACCACCAGGAAACCCUGGCCAGCCAGGUCUACCUGGUCCCCCAGGCCCUCCCGGACCCCCCGCCCUCUCCCCUAACAUGGGAGCAGUCCUCCCUGAGAUGGGUAUUCCUCCUGGGCUGGACGGAGUCAAGACUGCCGGCUAUGGCAAGAAGGGCAAAUACGGAGGAAACGGCGGAGAGGUGAUGGGCGCUAACGGCCUGGAGAUGCCCGCGUUCACGGCUCUGGUGACCACGCCCUUCCCACCAGUGGGCACGCCUGUGGUGUUCGACAAGAUCCUGUACAACGGCCGUCAGAACUACAACCCCCAGACAGGCGUGUUCACUUGCGACAUGCCCGGGAUCUACUACUUUGCCUACCACGUCCACUGCAAAGGGGCCAAUGUGUGGGUGGCGCUGAUGAGGAACGAUGAGCCUGUGAUGUACACGUAUGACGAGUAUAAGAAGGGCUUCCUGGAUCAGGCAUCGGGGAGCGCAGUGUUACCUCUACAGCCCGGGGACACUGUGUACCUCCAGCUACCCUCGGACCAGGCCGCAGGACUAUACGCUGGCCAAUACGUCCACUCAUCCUUCUCUGGGUACUUGUUGUACCCCAUGUAACAACACAAAACUAUAGAGAGGAAGAGACAGUGACAGAGAGAGAAAAUGUUGGAGAAAUUUAAACAUUGGUUAUAGAAGUCUUUAAAUUGAUCGCAUUUUUUUUAAACAUCAACUAUCUGUUGAGAUCGAUGUUGUUGAGAUCGUAAGUGAUGGGAGGAAGCGUCGGACCGUCCCCGGGAAAAUCUGAGAGAGGAGUGUGUGUGUGUGUGUGUGUGAGUGUACAUAUAUGCAGUUUUUAUAGCCAUUUAUGUUGGGGUACAACAAUUUAUGUAUCUAUCUACUGCUCUUAUGACUUGUCACAAUGUUACAACACUGCAUUAAAAGAUGCCAUUACAUCAAUAGGGUUCACAUAUUGUGAAAUGUAGUUAUAUGUAUGUAUCAGUUUAAUUUAAAGUGCAGCACAGGCUGAUGUGGAAACUCAGUAGAAG